UGCUCCUCUUCACGCUCACGAUGUCAAUAACCGGUUCACUGGUGGGGUACGAGAACGGUGGUGACAUUACGAUGGUUUCGAAGAAGAAUCGAUCAUUGCUUAACAUCACCGCCACCUCGACCGCUUCGUCCAAGCAAUGCCAAAGUCUCAACUCAAGCAUAUCGCACAGCAGCGUAGUGCUGACGAGCAAUACCUCCACCCAGUACGUGACCAAUGCUGGCUCACUGCGUCGUCAGACACACGCGAGCGAUAUCAGCCCCGGCAAACAUCGGCGCCGGCGGCUACAUCUCAACACGCUCUGGUCCAUCUGGUACGGCAUUCUGAUGACACUUCUGCAGGGAUACCUGAUCGUGCAGGGCACCCACCGGUACAUCGGUCUAUCUGCGCUAAGCUGGAAGUACGAAAAGCCUACCACCGAGCUUGACAUACAGAUCGUGUUCUGUGGAUUGGUCAUCCUGUUUCUGCCGCUACUGCUAGCGUCGGCCCUCUUUCGUGUAGGCAAUCUGGCGAACGAUGGUAUGAAGUUGGCCUCAGGCACCAAGCUGUGGCGUGGUUCAACGCCGGCCACCCAUGACGGACUGGAAGAGGAAGCCUUCGAAGGAACUUUGCGCUCUCUUUGGAUACACGGUGGUCCUACAUCCGCCUUCAUACAUAUCAUCACGGCAAUCUGUCUGCUAUUACCUCGAUUGCUGCUCGAAGCAAAAGUGAUUGAAAACGGACUCCUGCCAAGAGAAAACGUUUGGCGCACCGAUCUCGAUUUUAUGGUCACCCACAGCGAUCGUUUGGUAGUGCUAUCGUUCAUGACCUCCUCACCGACGUACCCGAACGUCAGCACGGCACGCCCACCGAUGAGCGACCUGGAGCGCAAGCUGUACCGCAACGGAUACUUCGAGCAGAGUGACCUCGUGGAAAAGUUUUCCGACUACGACGAUGACAUCGCGACACUGGACACUAGCGACGAAGCGUUUCGCACACACGAGGCACUCGAGAUGGGCACACAGCUGUUUGGCGGCAGCUCGUCGAUUGCUAUUUCGACGAUGGAAAACUUCAACGUACUACCCGGUGGUGAAAAUCCAACUACACUCCACACACUACCACCGGUGCGUAGCCUCAUCACAACGACAACUACUACAAAAGCACCUCAUUUGAAACCGCCGGUAUCUACUUUGAGUACCGUUCCAAACACAAGCCUCGAGAGAGCCAGCAGUCGCGAAAGUCGUCGAAGGGAUCCGAACCGAAACAGCCAUCACCGCAAGGCGUCACAUUCGACGACGAGCGGAAAGGGACAUGUUGGUGGGAAGGUAAAAUCACAUCAUGCCAACCAUCACCAGCACGGACAGCACCAUCAAGAGCAUCGGAACCGUUACACGGAAGAGAUAGACACGCGGCUGGAGCUGGAAGAACAACAGGAGCUGGACUGGAGUUUGCUCAAUCAACCCGAAGGAACACCGACCCUCAUCGAAACGUCCGCCGGUGGUAAUGGGAAGCGGCUGUCCACCAAGGUGAAACCUUCCGACUCGAGUGCUCCUACAAUUGCUGCUCCACCUGGCACAACGAGAGCUACAGCGUCCAAGUCCGAUUCUAAUCAACCGAAGCGUCCAAUUACUGCUCCUCCUGUCACAACGACCACCACAACCACUACUGUUCCGAAUGUGACGAGAAAGACCACAUCAACCACCAGCAAGGACAGUGACAUUCACAUCCUUAAGCCGGUAAACCUUCCGGAGAACAUUAUCCCCUCAACACCGGUCACGACCAACUCCAAGAUUAUCGAAAUCAAACCAAAAUUAAGCACCACCACAACAACGACAACAAGCAGCGCUUCCGGUGCACUGUCCAGAGCUGCCACGAUCAGUCGCAAAAGCAGACGCUCCGAACCGUUGUCCGGGAUGGAAACGUUCAGUAGCGAAAGUUUGGAAAGCAUCGAAAGCAUCCCGAGUGUCGAUGAGGACGAGUUUAUCAUAAAGGAUGAGAACGGGAUGGAGAUUAAGCCAGCCUUUCUGAUUGGUGCUGCACCGGGAAAUCUUACGCUGCGAUCGAUGCAACUGUCCGGAUUUCCGGCAAUGCUGGCAAAAAUCUUCGGAUCACCGAUCGAACGUCAGUUUAGUGCCGGUUCGGCGUGGUCCAGUAUGCCGAGCUUGGAGUUUGUUAACCUUGCCAUUGCGCUGGCGGUAUGGGCCGUCCGCUAUCCGUCCGUCUUUUGGCACACGUCCAAAUCGUUCGCCUGUCUGUUCAGUCUGCAGAUGAUUGCGAACGGGGCAGACAUACUGCUUAGUUUUGCUGGUGCAAGCGUACUGUACAAGCUGCAGACCCUUGGCCAAGCGCUACCACUGCAAGCACCGGCCCUAAUCCUGAACGGGACCGUUACGAUCGCACUAACCAUCCUAGCGCUUAUCCUUACGAUAGCAUCCUCGAUGGUGCUGUAUCUGUACGGGCAUGGGAAGUUGACGGCUAGGGUACGCGAUCGGCGCAUGAUCACGGCCAAACAGAGUGCGGACGUAUGGGCGUACUUCGCCCACUGUUCGUCGCUCUGCUUCGUACUAGCGCUGGCCGUCGUUAAAGCUCCACUAAUGCACGAUCUUAGCGCCACCUAUCGGGGAAGUCUUGAUGGUGCUGUACUUGCUGCUGCGCUUGGUUCCGUGAUGCAUCUAUUUAUGUGGAUCGUGUUAUGGCUAGGACUAACGGCCAAACGACGCUGGCACUUCAAGCUACCGCCACUAGACGGUGGUCGACUUGUUGGAGCAUCCGGCGCCUCUAGUCAACCAUUGCUGCGUGGUAAUGGAAGUCUUCGCUCACCGAACGGCACUCCGGUCAAUGUACUGCAGGGUGGGCAAGGAGGUGGUCCUGGCAAUGGACCGGGUGGCGGUGGGCCCGGCUCUGGAUCGGGUGGUGAAGAGGAAACGAUCUAUUGGCCGAAGAUUGCACCGAACUCGCCAAAGCUCAAAGUAACAUUUAACGAAGUAACCAGUACGUCCUCCGAACAUGCUCACGGUCCUCAUGAACAUGGCAACAAGCGCCAUCCGUCCGGUGGAACCACGAUACGUAUGUCCAGUAUUACGGGGGAAGCUGAUGACGGAGACUACGCUACGCUAAGGGGCCCAACGGGCGAUCUGCUUCAUCUCGGUCCGUACGAACAUCCUGCACCCUCCGGAUCUCCUUCUCCGCCACCACCACCACCUCCCCAGCUGCUGGACGAUUGUGAUAUGCUGGAUGAAGCCAGCAACAGUAAUACGCUCGUUGGCAGUGCCAACGAUCACGCGGACGAUACGUCGGAAGAAGGCAAACUGUUGGCUUGUGUGCGGGACGAUAGUGUCACGUACGCAUCCACCCGGGAUCUCGAACCUCCGAUUAGUCGUACGAUGUCACGCGAAACGUUUAUGCGAUCACCGGAACAGCUCAGCAGUCCACUGGCGCCGGUCACCGUUACCGUACACAACCAUCUGGAAAAUGGGCCUCCUGGAUCAACACCACGCUGUCUCCGCCGGGCGGACUCCGGAAUGCCAACGGAAGCACUCACUCCACGGUCCGAUUCGACCUCAACGGAAAGCUCAACGUCGCCGCCCGACUGUCGCGAUGCACCGUCCGAAACAUCGAGCGGUGUUCACUCGGGCGAGGAGCGUGACGAGGUCGUCAUAAGACCUCGCUCGGGUCCUUACAAAUCCAUCAUUAAGGCACCACCGCCCGCCAUCCAGGAGGAACCUUUUGGACGCUCGACCAACAUGAAGAUGUCGAGCUUCAACAAGGAUGGUACGAGUGCAACGCUUCCACUGACACGCGGUGCUUCCGACAUGCACCGAUCGGACUACCCACAAUGUAGCACGAUGCCACUUCCGGCCGGUUAUCAUCAGCAGCAGCAUCAUCACUAUCACUCGCAGACAUCCUUCACCCCACCUCAUUCGGGUUCAAGGCAACAGAUACAACCGCAACAGCGUACGACACUUCCGAACGAUGUCCGUUACGCGACAUCUUCCAACCAGUUCCUCAAGCGGUUACCGUACAUGAAGAACGCAGAAUCGCCGUACGGACACCUGGGGCUCGGUGCUGGACAUCAUACCUUCUCCAAGCUUUUGCAUGACCCGUUGGCCAUGCCCUCAACUGGCAUCGGUAUGCCGGUGCACUCACACUCCAACCAUAGCACCUUUCUGCCGCCGGCCACCAUUCCGGAGGAUCGGGAUUCGGCCAACUACUCGAUGAUAUCUGACCAGGAUCGGGAAAUGUACAUAAACGCGUCACAGAUCAAUGGUAUGCAGAUGCAGCAUUAGACAG